AUGAUUUCUCACUCAUCUUUACAACCUUUCUCUGUCCCUUUGGCUCCCCCCAGGGAAAUCGACUACGCUUCAAAGGAAACUACCCUUCCAGCCUCUUACGCAAUGAACUCAGGCCCAUGUACAGCGAUCGAGAACGGGACUCGAUGUGCAUGUUCCCGAGGUCUUUUUUUACUGGACCAUGGAGUAAACUUUGAACUGUUGAUAUGCAAGACAAAGACGUGUAAUCAUUUACUUAAAGAACACCGGGCUGCUGAUAAUGAACCACCUCCGACUGAAUCUUCUCCGACCGAAUCAUCAGCAUCUGCCGGCAACCCUAAUCACACGCAACAGCACUCCUUGGGAUCUACUAGGUAUCAAACGAGAUGUUUACGCCAGGAUACGGUGUCAAAACUUGCAGCCGCCGUCGAUUCUCAAAAUGUUAUUCACAUACGCGGGACACCAGCCAGCGGGAAAACGGUCCUGUCCCAACUGCUACUGGACUACUACCUCACGAAUAAUAGAAAGGUGUUUUUACUCGAGACGUGGGAACCACUGGAAGCUUCCCAAAGCGGAGACCCUUGGACUCGAUUCGGCUUGCACCUGCAACAAAAAUAUCCUGAAUUUGAUAAAACGUGGAAAUCUGUUCCUGCAAACACUGUAAUUCUUAUUGAUGAAGCUCAGGAACACGGUCAUCAAGAACCGAAGGUCUGGGGAAGACAAAGACAUAAAGAUUUGUCUUUUCUGUUCCUACGGAAGCCCUUCGACAGUUACCUUCGGUCCCGCGCAGCGCAUUACACUGACCCCUCAACUUGGCAAAGAUCGCCAAAGAUUGGCUUGUUUUACACGGAAGACGAAUUUCGUGAAGUUGUAUCACUUCUGACGACAAACAAAUUCGAUGAACCAUUCACAAUUGAUAAGGCGGCUAUGGACUACAUGUAUGACCUGACAAAUGGGCAUCCAGGAGGGGUGACAGCCAUAGUCGAUUUUCUUCAGAAUCGGCAUCGCAAUCUCCUUAAACACAAAAAGAUCCGUACAAUCACGAUAGAUCAUGUUCUUAAAGUUUCAAAGGAUGAGAAUGAUUUCUUUGGGUUUCUCGCAAAUCAUGCUGUUUAUCGCUCAUUUCCUAGCGGACAGCGCCUUACAUCUGAAGUUGCUGGUACAUUGGGCAAGAUUUUAGUCAAUAGAAGCAUACCAUUUAAUAUUAAUGAUACAACCAUGUGGAAAUGCUAUGAGAGAGGCUGGGUUCACCGCAUAUCUGAAGGACAGAUACUACAAAUACAUGAUGUUGCUGUCCUGCCAUCACGCUUGCAUGAAGUAUGGCUUGAAUGGUUCAUAGGCAACAAGCCGAAGCAUUUACCUGAUAGAUUUGACCAGUUACGUCUAUUAUGCCGGGAGGUUCUCGAAAAAUUUUCAAAGAUUACUCUGAGACAUGCUAUUGAAGGCAAGAAAAUCUCGACUGCAGCAAAACCCAGGCCCAUGGAGGCGCAAUAUCAGGAUGAAUUUUAUAGGGCAUUUUAUGAUGUGGCAGGCAUUGGUGUACCUCUCUGUAGUGAAUGGUCAAGGAGUAGUACUAGUCAAGUUGACUUUUAUAUUCCACAGAAGCAGUGGGCUAUCGAGUUGCUUCGAGAUUAUGAUCACGUUGAUGAACAUAUCUCCCGAUUCUAUCCUGGAGGGAAGUACUUUCCCUGGCUGCAGGAGAAGAAGGUUGUAGAUUGGAUUAUUAUCAACUGUGCCUCCUCUCCCCCUACACGUGCAUAUUCUGAGCAGAACCUCUGGACUGCCGUUUUUACCAAUGGUUGUUCUGAUUUGAAAGUAUAUGAUUAUCAAAUGCGUCCUUUGUUUUCUGUUCCUCUCCACAAUUAG